UAUCAGACUUACCUUCACUAACGUAAAUAGAAUCAAUAGUCGCUUAAAAAUAUUGACAUUGCAUUUAGUUUUGUCUUGAGUUCUUGAUAAAAUGGCGAGCAAAAGAAAGCACCAAGCAUCCCAGAAAGUGAAAGAGGAAUCCUUCAAGAAACACACGCUUGACUCCGAUGAAGAGGAUUCUGACGACUACGAAAGGGAAUACCUCAAUGAUAGCGACAUUGAGGGCGGCGAGGAGGGCGUGGCAAAAGUGGAAGACGAUGUGAAGGUAACACCCUUCAAUAUGAAGGAAGAACUGGAGGAGGGACACUUCGACAAAGAUGGUCACUACCAUUGGAACAAGGAGACGGAAGCAAAGGACAAUUGGUUGGACAACAUAGACUGGGUUAAAAUUGGCACACAGAAGAACGCCUUCGACCCGGCAAAAGAUGAAGAAAACUCUUCCGAUGAGGAGAAGAACGAACCCGUGGGCAAGGCCUUUAACUUGUCCAUGAACCUCAUGAAAAUGGUCGAGUUUAUGAAACCGGGAGAGACUGUCAAGAUGACCCUGCAGCGUCUGGGUAAGCAGCGCCCCGUCCUAACAACCCUUCAGAGGAUUAAGCAGAAAAAGGCCGGCAUCGUUGACCCAAAGACACAGGAAAUCUCUCAGCUCACCGAGCUGGCCAACGAGAUUCUCUCGAAGACGGGCAAUAUGGAUAUAUAUCAGGAUACGUACGAAAGCAUCAAGGCCAAGAUCGCCGAUUUGCCAGGAACGAGCAAACCUAAAGUAGCCGAUGAUAUUGAUAUGUAUGCAGAUGAUUUCGAAACGAAAGAAUUGGAGCGCUCUAAGACAUCGUCGAGUGAUAGCUCCAAACCAACGACGACUACCUCAGAGGUGACCUGGGAGUUUAAAUGGUCGCAGGAUGAGACUGAUAUCCAGGGACCCUUUUCCACGGAGAAAAUGUUGAAAUGGUCCCAGGAGAACUACUUUAAAAACGGAGUCUAUGUGCGAAAGUGCGGCGAAAACACAAAUUUCUAUACAAGCAACCGCAUAGAUUUCGAUUUGUACUUGUAGGCCUUAGUUAACAAAUGUUAAAUUCUUUGGGUUUUAACAUGUUUUCUGCAAAUACUUUGUUCUAUAAUUGUAUACUGUAUACUUUACAAGAGGUUUCAAUUAGUUUGCACUUGGUUUGGACUUAAAAUAAAAUUCAUAUUCAUAUUG